UUACCGGGUCAUCAUGUUUACGGGAUGACUUUUUCUCUUAAAAUGCGCUGUUAAUCCUUCUUAGUGAGAAACGCAAAAUUCAUUAACUGGGCAAAUCACUGGCCGUGAUGGCCGUCUAGACUGAGUGAUCUCUGCUGCAAUAUUCAGCCCCCAAAAUUAGCAAGCAAGAGUGCGUGAUUAUGAAACUUCCGUCUCUUUUGACUCCUUUGUUAAAUUUCUCUCUUUAUGUUAAAACGUUCUUUUGCUGACUUGAGCGGAGCACUUCAAACAAACACCACACAUAAAAGCUAACAAAUUUGAAUGACACUAGCUGGGAAUUGAUCGAUUUCACGCCUGGCAUCGUGGAUGAAAUUAAUUCAGCUUCUUCAUUAUCGCUGGGGCGUCCAAAUCAAAGUGACGAGCGGUCUCCUCUCCAGUGUAAGCCUGUGGUAGUGGACUAAUUAUCCUUCAAACUGCGACAGCUUCAGGAAAUGUUGACUCGCAAAGAUUCUUACAAGCAGACUGACGCAAAGUUUGCGUUGCUAGGAGCAAGGGACGUGGGAAAAUCAGCAAUCGCAGUGAGAUUCUUGACAAAGCGUUUCAUCGGAGAAUAUGAUUCCUCUCAAGACUCCACGUACCAGUUCACCACAACCAUAGACGAUGACCAAGUCAGCUUGGAGAUACUAGACCCAGGUCCCGAGUCGGUUGGUGAACAAAGUGUCGGAAGUCGGGCGCUUUGGGCCGACGGAUUGAUGCUCGUCUACUCGAUAACUGAUCGGAAAAGCUUCGAGGACGUGCAAGGCCUGAUGAACCUUAUCGACCCAUUUAAGCAGAAAACCGUGGUCACCAUCGUCGGAAACAAAACGGAUCUCGAACACGAACGACAAGUAUCCGAAGGUGAAGGAGCGACAUUGGCCGAGAAGUUGAGAUGCUCGUUCUUUGAAUGCUCUGCAUCUGAGGGCUAUCAAAAGAUGGCUGAAGCAUUCCACGAGCUGUACAGAGAAGUAAUUAAAACAAAAAAGGACAGGAAAACUUCUCUGUCGCCUCGGCCGUUACGGGCUCUCGGCAAAAUUUUAAGAAGGAACAGCAGCAAAAGCUUGUUACUGACUCCACCUGGCACACUCAGUACAUAAGAGCGGUUACAAUAGCAUUUCACAGAGUGAUUCUGGAUGUUUUGUACCUAAUCAUCAUUCGCAACUCUACAUUUGCAAGCUCCAAAUAUCAGACAGACCAGAGACGAGUUAGUUUGUUUUUCGUAAACAGCAAAAAAUCUUCAUGUAUGCUGUCUGCGCUUGUAGAAUGUUCGUGUAAAUAAUUAAUGAGUAGUUUGCUUUUAGUUAGGUAAACUUCUUCAAUCACCAAAUCGAAAAUCGUUUUUUUUUUAAGCUGUAAGUGUUGACAGGCUGAUAGAGCAAGUUGGCACUGAACGGAGAAAUCAAUCAACAGAUGUGAUCUGUGUAAUUAAAAAAAUAAAUAAAUGAUUCAAAUUCUUGAUAUCUCGUGGACACAGUCAGGUUAAAAUACCUGCAAAAGCUACAUGCAUUAUUAAUCAAUGACGUUAUCUAGCUAUUCGUGUUGCACUACCCAGCUCUUAGAGGACCUCAGUUACGGUAUUUUGGCCACAUAGAAAAUUACCUUUAACUUGAGGAAAACUGAAAAUAGUAGUUUAAGAUAGAAAA